AGGGAGAAGGUGGCAGUGGCAAAGCUGAGUGGUGGCAAAGAAGUGAUUUCCAGCUCCCUCGGAUGUUUGUUUCCUGGAAAUUUGGAGAGCGACCUCAACCCAAGCGGCUCACUAGGGAAGCAAUGCGAAAUUACCUGAAGGAGAGAGGGGAUCAAACAGUGCUAAUUCUCCACGCCAAAGUUGCGCAGAAAUCGUAUGGGAACGAGAAAAGGUUCUUUUGCCCUCCUCCAUGUGUGUAUCUCAUGGGCAGUGGAUGGAAGAAAAAAAAAGAGCAGAUGGAGCGGGAUGGUUGCACUGAGCAGGAGUCACAGCCCUGUGCCUUCAUCGGGAUCGGGAACAGCGACCAGGAGAUGCAGCAGCUGAACUUGGAAGGAAAGAACUAUUGCACUGCCAAAACCUUGUACAUAUCAGACUCAGACAAGAGAAAGCACUUCAUGUUGUCGGUGAAAAUGUUCUAUGGCAACAGCGACGACAUCGGUGUGUUCCUUAGCAAACGGAUCAAAGUCAUCUCCAAACCUUCUAAAAAGAAGCAGUCACUGAAAAAUGCAGACUUAUGUAUUGCGUCAGGGACAAAAGUGGCACUAUUUAACAGACUUCGAUCCCAAACAGUUAGCACCAGAUAUUUGCACGUGGAAGGUGGCAAUUUCCAUGCCAGUUCACAGCAGUGGGGAGCAUUUUACAUUCACCUCUUGGACGAUGAUGAGUCAGAAGGAGAAGAGUUCACAGUGAGAGAUGGCUACAUCCAUUACGGGCAGACGGUCAAGCUUGUGUGCUCAGUCACUGGCAUGGCACUCCCAAGACUGAUCAUUCGCAAGGUAGACAAGCAAACAGCGUUAUUGGAUGCAGAUGAUCCAGUAUCGCAGCUCCAUAAAUGUGCAUUUUACCUUAAAGACACUGAGAGAAUGUAUUUGUGCCUUUCCCAGGAGAGAAUAAUCCAGUUUCAAGCCACUCCAUGCCCAAAAGAACCAAAUAAAGAAAUGAUCAAUGAUGGAGCUUCUUGGACAAUCAUUAGCACAGAUAAAGCAGAAUACACCUUUUAUGAGGGGAUGGGACCGGUGCAUGCUCCAGUAACACCUGUGCCUGUUGUAGAAAGUCUUCAGUUGAAUGGUGGUGGGGACGUAGCAAUGUUGGAACUUACAGGACAGAACUUCACUCCAAAUUUACGUGUCUGGUUUGGGGAUGUGGAAGCUGAAACCAUGUACAGGUGUGCCGAGAGCAUGCUGUGCGUGGUGCCAGAGCCUGUGUGUGGUGCCGGUGCCCAUGCCCAGAGCCUGUCUGUGUUGCAGGUGUGCCGAGAGCAUGCUGUGCGUGGUGCCAGAGCCUGUGUGUGGUGCCGGUGCCCAUGCCCAGAGCCUGUCUGUGUUGCAGGUGUGCCGAGAGCAUGCUGUGCGUGGUGCCAGAGCCUGUGUGUGGUGCCGGUGCCCAUGCCCAGAGCCUGUCUGUGUUGCAGGUGUGCCGAGAGCAUGCUGUGCGUGGUGCCGGACAUCUCCGCGUUCCGCGAGGGCUGGCGCUGGGUGCGGCAGCCGGUGCAGGUGCCGGUGACCCUGGUGCGCAACGAUGGCAUCAUCUACUCCACCAGCCUGACCUUCACCUACACGCCGGAGCCGGGGCCACGGCCGCACUGCAGCGCGGCCGGGGCCAUCCUCAGAGCCAACUCCAGCCUGAUGGCCUCCAGUGACACGAACGCCAGCAGCGAGGGAGGCUACACGAGCGUCAGCACGAACCCCGCCAGCGUCACCUCCUCCACAGCCACCGUGGUCUCCUAACUGCUGCUGUCUGCCUGGACUUCACUGACUCUGAAGUGCUCGGCUCAGCAGAACUGAACAACUCGUGUGGUUUCGCGGGGGAACGCCUCUCCGGCCUGGGCGACGCUGCCGUGAGCCUUGCUAGGCGCGAGCGCCCGUCCGAAGCGCAGAAGCCACGAUAAAAAAACAAAACGAACCGACG